CAAAAGCCAUCCACAAAUUUGUGACGUUGCCAUUGUUUUUUUUUUCCAAAGACGACUUCUUGAGUUCUGAGAGAAACCAUGGCACUGGAUCAUAUUUCCAUCAAUGAUGCUUCUCUUGUCAGCGGCGUCCUCAAAACAUCAUUUCUGGCUCUUCUUUGCUAUUUCCUCUAUCAGUUCUUCAAUGGCAAACGGUACAAUUACCCGCCAGGACCAACAGGUUUACCAUUUCUGGGCAGUGUUUUGAGUCUGAUUUUUACGAAGAAAUAUCAACAUGAGGUGGUGGCUCAGUGGACGAAGAAGUAUGGUAACGUCAUUAGCAUCAAGCUUUUCAACACUCGACUCGUAAUACUGCGCGAUGAGCAGCUCAUUCAAGAAGUGUUUGGGGGCCAUCACGUGAUCGAUAGACCGGCAAUGCCUGUCGUCGAAAAAAUCACUGGACGGAAGUUUGCUGGUGUUGCCUUCGCUAAUGGUGAGAUAUGGCAGGAGCAGCGUCGCUUCUUUCUCUCCGCUUUCAAGAAACCUGAAGUAGGUGGGAUCAGGUAUGAAAAUAUCAUCGAAGACCAGGCGAUUCGCGUGUUGUCAGAGAUUGAAAAGAGCAAAGGGCAAAUGUUCCAACCUAAGAAAUGGCUAUAUCCCGCCAUUGGAAACAUCAUCCUCAAGAUCGCAACCGGAGUUUCAUUUGAGUACGACGACGAUAAACUGCGUCAUCUUUUGGUUCGCUCUCAGCGAAUUUUUGACGCGAUUGGCCCAGGCGGCCUAUUGAACGUAGUGCCGAUCCUUGCGGCUAUCCCGUCUCGGCCGAAGCAACUGCUCACAGAAGGGUGGAGUGCGCUCUUUGACUAUAUGAAGGAGAGUGUCGCAAGCCACAGGUCUGCAACUGGGUCACAAGGAGAUGACUUCAUCAAGAAGUAUCUAGAGAUGUCUGGAAAGGUGGAGGGUAAGGGAAGUUUUGAUGAAACCAACCUUCUUGAAUCUUCCAUCGAAAUGAUGAUUGGUGGGCUAGAGACAUCGGCCUCAUCUCUUGAAUGGCUUCUCCACACACUAGCAUCGCAUCCUGAAGCGCAACGUCGAAUUCGUCAAGAAAUAGCCGAGGUCGUCGGCAAGGACAGCUUUCCACAGUACUCCGACCACAACAGAAUGCCCCAAACUAUGGCCAUCAUUGCUGAAUGCAUGCGUUUCCGACCAGUGGCCCCUAUUCCUUUCACUCACAUUGCUGUUGAGGAUUUCAAGAUCGGCGAGUACGACAUCCCAAAAGGCACACAGAUCACGUUUAACGUCUGGGAUUUGGCAAGAAGUCCGAUGCUCUGGGAAAAGCCGGAAGAGUUUCGACCGGACAGGUUCUUGACUAAAGAUGGGAAGUUCAAUAAGAAGCGAGAGCCAUCUCAUUUUGGAGUGGGUCGAAGAAUUUGUCCAGGCGAGGUAUUGGCUAGGGCCGAGAUCUUCUUGUUCACCACUUACAUCGUGAAGCGCUUUAACCUCCGUCGGGCUGAAGGAACUCCAGAAAAUCCAAAGUGCCUUGUGGGGCUUACCGUCCGACCGGAAUCAUACCAUAUCCAUGCUGAGAAGAUCGAGUAAUCUAUCCGUUUUGCUUAGGGCGGCAGUUUGGGGAACGGGGGACAUGUAUUUGAAAGCCCCCCCCCCCGUCCCCCUCGUCCCAAAACUUACGAGAUCUCAUGUCGAAUCGUCAUAAUUAAGUAAAUACUUUCGCGUACAGAUAUUCUACGUGUCUGUUCUAUUAGUCCCACAUUUUCAUUUUAUACUUUUUUUUACAGAAUGGUGAAAAAAGAAUCAUAGAAUUUCGGAUCCAGUCGACAUUCUUCUAUUCUUCUUCUUAUUCCAUGGGGGUGUUUCACAAAGAUCUAAGUAUGAAUUAGAGUCGCACUUAAAUUCCAAG